AUGGCCCGGAGCAUGCUGGAGUCAGUCGACCUGCAACCUUUCGGAGGCGACGCCGAGAAAUCUGGCAAGGACGCCAUCACUCUCGACGACGUUUGCAAGUCAUAUCAAUCGUCCGAGCACGUGCUGAUGACCCCAAUGGAGAGAUGGACCAUGAUGGCUGUGGAUGACGAGUGUUUUCCGCUGCUGGCAAAGAGAUCGAUGCAAGAUGCUGGACUGGACAUUGCAACGCUGCAGUCGCCCUCGUCACCGCAUGAGACAGCGCGUAGGUUCCCGUCCGGAGAGGAGGCCGCUAUAGCGGGAGCCAUUGGCGUCAGAAGGAAUGUCAUGGUAGAGUCAACUGUCGACGACGAGCUUGGGGAACUCAUCCCAGGAGAGCGGAGAAUACACCCAAGGCGUGCGACUGGCAGCCACGUCACUGGAAGGUCUCAUAUCAGCAAGCACUCCAGUGGGAUAUUACCAGGGCAGACGGCAAAGGAUGUAGUGCAAAAGACGGCCCCUCGCAACAGACGCAUUGUAGUGAACAGCAGGUCCAGUGCACUGCGUUGCUGA